GGCGCCGCCGCCAGGUGACAGCCCUCGGCGCUGCCGGGGCCCCAGCGGGCUGGGCAGCGGCGGCCGGGCCGGGCUUGCGGAGAGGCGGGAGACCGCCCGCCAUCCCGGCGGCGCGGCCGGAGCCAUGGAGCGAGCGGCGGCGGCGGCAGGGCCGGCGGUGGAGGGCGGCGGCGUGAGCCGGCGAGCCGUGCGGGCGGGGGGCGCGGCGGCGGCGGGCGCGGGGUCACGGCAGCCCAGCACCGAGACCCUGGACAGCCCGACUGGAUCCCACGUGGAAUGGUGUAAACAGCUGAUAGCUGCAACCAUUUCGAGUCAGAUUUCAGGGUCUGUCCCAUCAGAGGGUGUGUCCAGAGACUACAGGGUGUACAGGAGGCCAGUUAUACGGCAGGAGAUUCAGGAUGGACACAAUGGCUAUCAUUCUGAAGCAGAACCUGAUCAGGUGGCACUGCGGGAUGGAAACAAACUGGCACAGAUGGAAGAGGCUCCACUUUUUCCUGGAGAAUCAAUCAAAGUUAUCGCUAAGGAUGUUAUGUACAUCUGUCCAUUCAUGGGAGCAGUCAGUGGUACCCUCACAGUGACGGACUUCAGAAUGUUUAUCAAAAGUGUGGAGAGGGAUCCACCUUUUGUUGUUGAUGUUCCCCUUGGAGUUAUAAGUAGGGUUGAAAAAAUUGGAGUACAGAGCCAUGGAGACAAUUCAUGUGGUAUAGAAAUAGUUUGCAAGGAUAUGAGAAAUUUGCGGCUGGCCUAUAAACAGGAAGAGCAGAACAGACUGGAGAUCUUUGAAAACCUUGUAACACGUGCAUUUCCUGUUUCUAAUGGACUGCCUCUUUUUGCAUUCAGCUAUAAAGAAAAGUUUGCUGUUAAUGGCUGGAAAGUGUAUGAUCCAAUGGCAGAAUAUAAGAGGCAGGGCUUGCCCAAUGAGAGUUGGAAAAUAUCCAAAAUUAACAGCACCUAUGAGCUCUGUGACACAUACCCUGCUGUUCUUGUUGUGCCAACCAGUGUAAAGGACGAUGACCUCUCAAAAGUGGCAGCAUUUAGAGCAAAAGGGAGAGUUCCUGUGUUAUCCUGGAUUCAUCCUGAGAGUCAAGCAACAAUAACACGAUGCAGUCAGCCAUCAGUUGGGCCAAAUGAUAAACGUUGCAAGGAAGAUGAAAAAUAUUUGCAGACAAUUAUGGAUGCCAAUGCUCAGUCACAUAAACUCAUCAUCUUUGAUGCCAGGCAGAAUAGUGUUGCAGAUACAAACAAGGCUAAAGGUGGAGGAUAUGAAAGUGAAAGUGCCUACCCAAAUGCAGAGCUGGUUUUUCUGGAGAUUCAUAAUAUUCAUGUCAUGAGAGAAUCCCUGCGGAAACUUAAAGAAAUUGUUUAUCCCACGAUUGAUGAGACUCGGUGGCUGUCAAACGUGGACUCCACACACUGGCUGGAAUACAUAAGGAUGCUUCUUGCUGGAGCAGUAAGAAUUGCGGAUAAAAUUGAAUCUGGUAAAACCUCUGUAGUGGUGCACUGCAGUGAUGGCUGGGACCGAACUGCACAGCUCACUGCACUGGCCAUGCUCAUGCUGGACAGCUAUUACAGAACCAUCAAGGGCUUUGAAGUUCUUGUAGAGAAAGAAUGGAUAAGUUUUGGACAUAGAUUUGCAAUGCGAGUGGGACAUGGAGAUGAUGAUCACGCGGAUGCCGACAGAUCUCCCAUCUUCCUGCAGUUCAUUGACUGUGUUUGGCAAAUGACAAGGCAGUUUCCUGCAGCCUUUGAAUUCAAUGAGUUAUUUUUGAUCACCAUUCUGGAUCACCUUUAUAGUUGUCUCUUCGGGACUUUCUUAUGCAACUGUGAAAAAGAGAGAUUAAAAGAGGAGGUGAGCACAAAGACUGUAUCUCUGUGGUCCUAUAUAAACAGCCAGUUGGAGGAAUUCACAAAUCCCUUCUAUGUAAACUAUGAAAACCAUGUCCUGUAUCCUGUUGCCAGUCUGAACCACUUGGAGCUGUGGGUGAACUACUACAUCAGGUGGAACCCCAGGAUGCGGCCUCAGGUUCCAAUCCACCAAAAUCUUAAAGAACUGCUGGCCAUCAGGACAGAGCUCCAGAAGAAGGUGGAGGAUUUGCAGCGGGAAGCUGCCACACGUUCCAUUUCCUCCUCCUCUGACAGAGGCUCAUCUCCUUCCCAUUCUGCCACACCAGUGCACACCUCUGUGUGAUGUGGAACGAAAGCCAUGUGAAAAAAUCAGUGUCAGGUAACACAGAGCAGGGUGACAUGCUUUUCCCAUCACACAAGGAGUGUGAGUGACUCGUGAUUGCUAUGAUCUACAUGCCUUACUCUGUGGCUGAUAUUAUCACGAUGAGGCCAAAAAGAGCUUCAGUAGAUGUGAUGUAUUUUCUUGUUGGCAGUUCCCACAUGUGUUUUGACACUCUAGCUAAGCCACCAAUCGUGAAUUUAAACUUUGUUUUGAGCAACUAACAAUUUAACCAUUCUAAAAAGGAAUCCAUCUGCCAAGCAGACAGAAAAAUGCCUCACACAUUGUCUAGAGUACUAUGCCUGGUUGAAAGAAUCAGAUGAAAUGCCACAUGAUGCUUACACAGAACACAAAAUGUUUUUCUGAAUGGGAGCUCCUUAUUUCACUCAGUAAUAUAUAUAUAUAUAUUUCUAUUUUUUUUUUUUUUGCUAGAGCAAUUUAUUUUUUUUAGGUAAUGCACUUGGAAAUUGAUUUUAAAAUAAAUGUUUUCCAGUGUAGUCAGUUUUACAUUUUGAACUAAAUAUGCCAUUAAAAGUGAAUGAAGUUGAGCUGGGUUUAUCAAGUACACCACACUGACUUGUAUGAUGUAAUAUAUUUGGUAAAGCAUGUAUUUUAGGUUUUUUAAUGCCUUUUGUACAAGUUGAAAUAAAGUCUUUUGACUGUUUAGCUUAUUGUUCAGUUUCAGCCUCCUGAGCGAGGGGUAAACUUGCUCAUGUCAAGGUCUUGUACAAAGUAAAAGUUUGUUUUCUAGCAAAUGGUAAUAUUUGGGGCUGGAAUGACACCCAGCUGUGUAAAUUGUAUAGUCUGUAUAGCUCCACAUUGUGAAGUGUGUUUUGUUUCUAGUGUACACACGAAAUGCAAAGCUGUGUGCGUUUACACCCAUGUGUAUGUGAUGUUAAACAUAUGCAUCCUCCCGUGGGUUUAAGCUGUACCUUCAGAAAAUGGAUCCUGCCUGUCCAAACCCUUCUGAGGACCUUAACUUGCAAUGACUUUGUUUGACAAAGGUUUUUGAAUAAUAUGAUAUUAAUUGUUUUUCUUGAAAUAAAGCCUCUUGGCUUUUUGUUUUUUAAA